UACCUUUGUUUUCAUCCCUAAAAACUGUCCAUCUGUCCUUAACAUUUUGACAACACCAGAAGGGUAAAAAUGUCAUUUACUCAUAAUAAAUAACAAAGGCUCCCCUCAGGCCCUCACGGGCGUCAACAUUUCCAACUAUCAUCAAAUGGAGUCGCUGAACUAGAACGCAGUCAAAGUGUUAUUAUUUCCAACUACUCCCACCCUGUUUUCAAAUUACCACAACUUUUGCUUCAAAUUCGCCUCUUCAACCCCCAAUCCUUUUUUUCUAAAAUAAAUUAUUAUAGCAUAUAUUCGACACCCACAAACCAACACCCAUUAUUUGUCUGUAUCAAUUCUCAUUCUAGAAAUUUUCGCCCUUAGUUUCUUUUUUUUUUUUUUUUGGAUUCGAAGAAAAAGGAGGGCGUGUUUAAAGAGUGAUCAUAGAUAGUUUUGUUGGUUACUGGGACUUUUGAUUUAUGAUGGAUAACUAUUAUUAUCAUCAGCUUGCAUCGUGUCCUUCUUAUAUCGAUUCACUAAAGGUUCUUGAAGUUGAUAUACAGUUUGCUAAUAUGCUGGCUGCGUCUAUACCAAGGGAUAAAAGUGGUGCUUUCAUCCGUAUGGAGAUGGGUUACAGUGACAUGGCAUAUAUCUUAUCGUUUUUACUGCAGUGGAUAAAUUCCCCAUGUUCAUGUUUGCUUCAAACCUGCUUAAAUUUCUGCUAUGUGGUUGUACACAAGGUAUCGCCAGAUGAAAGGCCAAAGCUUACUUCACGUGGUAGGAAGGCAUCCAUUAGAGAGUUCUACGAUGUGAUACUACCAUCUCUCAAGCGUCUGCGCACAAACCCGUUAGAGCUCGAUAUCAAUGAAGACGAUCCUGAAUCUUUUGGCACAUAUCCCAUGAAGAAAGCUGAAAAAAAGACAAAAAGUUCAGAACUUGAUAUGGAAAGAGAAGAUGAAUGUGGUAUCUGUUUAGAGCCCUGCACCAAGAUGGUGCUACCUGAUUGUUGUCAUGCAAUGUGCAUCAAUUGCUACCAUGACUGGAACGUGAGGUCGGUUUCCUGUCCUUUCUGUCGCGGCAGCUUGAAGAGAGUCAACUCCGGUGAUUUAUGGGUUCUACCGUGUAGAGGAGAUGUGGUUGACCAAAAAACGGUGUCAAAGGAGGACAAGAAACGCUUCUACAAUUACAUAAACAAGCUUCCUAAAGACAUCCCUGAUGCUCUAUUCUUAGUAUACAAUGACUACUUAAUUUAACUAUUUAAUGGUAACGUUUUAUUGUAUAUUAGCAAGUUUAAGGCAAGUAUUUGCAGUCGAUUUCUGCAAAUGUAUGUAAAUUUUUCCGGUGUAGAACUUGAUCACCUUUACAACAGAGAAUGUGUCUUCUGAAGCUCCCAUAUUAAUGUCAAUGUAUCAUGUCAUUCUUA